CUGGGCUUGAGAACCUCACAGUCUCCAAAAUAUCUUUGCCUUUUGGGCCAUGGGGCGGGCAAGUCGGAGAGCUCUGGCAACAAACAUUCACAUCAUUCUUGCAGGGGCUAGAACCUAUGAUAGUGGAUGCAGCGCUUUCAGGAUUAGUAAUAGAUCAGUAUCAUCGUCAAUGUCAACAAGAGAUGCAGCGGCUUAUAGAGAGCGCGAAUACUGAUGGGAAGCUUGGAUCAGAACUUACACAAUAUGAUCAAAGGCUGUGCACACACAAGGCAUGGUACCAUUUAAUCACUCAGUUGCUCAAGGAUGCCUUACUUGCCUCGGAGACGACAUCUCAUGCAUCGCCAUUGAACAGCAGCGGGACAGCUUCCUCGUUACCUUCUUCUCCAGUCAAAGAGGUGCGCUCAUAUAACAAUCUUUAUGUUGCGUAUGCUCAGAAAGUAGACAUUGAGGAGUUGAAACAACGGCUACUGCUACAACACCUAGAGCAAGAAAUCUUGAGUCCUAACCCUGAUAUGACUUCGCUACCCAUGUUCUCAUUGGCGGAUGCAGCAAGAAUAAGAGCCUCACGACAGCAGCAAGGGCGAAGUCAUGACCAAGGACAAACCUUAUCCUUAUCACAGCAACUAGGAGCAACCAAUAUAGGCGCAUCAGAUGAUGGUGACGCUCGUCCGGAGCACUAUAAACAACUAGCGAGCAGAUUACGUCAUAAACUUUCAUCGCCCAAGUUACAUCAACAAUAUGCUGCGUCUUUUCCUGACAGCCAUGAACGCGAUCAAAAGGCAGAGGAGACCGGCAACGAUGGAUAUGCUUCACAAAAAAAGAACCGCUACGGUCUAGUCGCAUCCUUGACACAAGAGGCGCUCGCAACAUUUAAUAGGGCGAAUGGGCAGGAGACCACUGUAGCGACGCCUGGCUCUUCGGCGGCACCACCAACGCCUACGUCCAUCGCAGCACUUUCAAUCCGCAGCAGCUCACGGAACUCAAAUAGGAACAGCAGUAUCUCUGGCUCCACAACCGGAGUACAGCCCUCAAUAGGCACCCCUGGAUCGAUGCCAAGCCCUUCUGGGUUUGUUAGUCCACGAAUCACGGCAGCUAUGAAUGGAUUAAAGCGUCAGGGUUCUGUUCAAAGUAGACUGGAUAGUCCUCAAUUGCAACCAAUGGAGACUACUGGCAAGGAAGGAAAUAAGGGCGCUUCAUUUGAACUCGAUUAUUUUAACCAAACACAUGUUCAUCACUACCCCACGCUGUACCAUCUCCAUCAGAUGAAUUCCACCAAUAAGAAGCGCAGUCAGCUGUCACAAACUAUCGCUUCUGCCUCAUCUGCUGAAGCUGCUGGUAUCACAACCGUGAGUCAUUCUGGUGAUCAGGUAAGCACUCCUGAUGCCGGAUUAGAGCCAAAAGCUAAGAAUAAGCCCGAACUAGAGCAAAAGCAGAUAGUGCACGGCGCUUCAGAUAUGACAAAAAAUAGAAGGGGUAACGAAAAUGGUGUGGAUAAGAGAUCAGGUAUUUUGAUUCCACUGCAGGAUGGUGAUGAGGACGAUGAUAUGGACGAAAAAUUCGAGAUGAUGGGAGACCUAAUCAGUCCAGAAGGUAUUGUUGGCGUGGUUCCUGAGCACUCUGCAUCCGUACAAGAACAUCUAGUUCCGAUCAAGUCAUCGACUGCGCUUGUAGAGCUUGCAUGCGAACAAAAUGAUGGUACUGAGCAUGGCGGAAGCAUUAGAAAGGAUAAUACGAUCGAUAUGACCAUGGGCAAAAAAGUCUCGCCUGACGAAGGAGAGCAGGAUGAGGAUGACAAGAGUGUUGUGGACGAUAGUCAACUUCAAAUGCUGCCUAUCUCAGAGGAAGAAGAGACGCCCCCAAAGUCACUUUUUUCAACGGAGAAUGAUGAUAAUGCUCCAACCACUCCAGUGCCUACAAUCGAGGAAAUUGUUACUGCAGCUAAAGCCGGGGCUGUCGCACCAAUGAGAGCCCGUGAUGACGCAUCUGUCCCAACCAUCAGACAGAUUGUAACUUCUGCAAAGAAAACCGCUAUUCCUAUCCCAGUAAGGUCUGCGAAGGCAAGGGGACAAGGUGCCGACGUCCGCGGUUGAUGAUCCAGUAUCAGAGGCAAUAAAGAGAUGUUUUGGCUGCAAGUUGACGCAACGAUUUUUAUCCAUGAAAAUGUCAGCACCUACUACUUUAGCGGCGUCAAGGACCAGGA